AUGUCAGUGGUAAAUGGAAGUACUCAGGUACCUCUGAGGUGGAUUUACACUCUGUCAUCUGGUUUACUGACAUUAACUACAUUUUCUGUAAGAUUGAAUGAUGGCAGCUUUGACGACAUUGGAACGAUAUCCGGUGGUAAUACGCUAGUAUUUAACAAAAGUGAGUACCCAACACGUUUUGAUAUCAAUGGAAGUGAACAAGCCACCUUGAUAAUAAACAAAUUCACUGAAACAGAAGACAAGGUUUACGAGUGCAAGAUUACAACGGAUUCAAACCAAUGGAGUUACAGAAUACGAGUCAUUGUAACUGCUUAUGUAGACGGCAUUAAGCAAGUUAUUAUUUCUAGUUUAAGUCACAAAAACUGGAAUGUUGGAUGUUGUGUUUCAGCGCCUUUAGUAACAUGGAUAGCACCUCCUCCUCAAUGGACUCAGUCAGAUCCAAAUGACAUUAGGACAGUUGAUAAGCCAGUGGUAAAUGGAAGUACUCAAGUGGCUCUGAGGUGGAAUUACACUCUGUCAUCUGGUUUACUGACAUUAACUACAUUUUCUGUAAGAUUGAGUGAUGGCAGCUUCGAUGACAUUGGAACGAUAUCCGGUAGUAAUACACUAAUAUUUAACAAAAGGGAGUACCCAACACGUUUUGAGAUCAAUGGGAGUGAACAAGCCACCUUGAUAAUAAACAAAGUCAUGGAAACAGAAGACGAGGUUUACGAGUGCAAGCUUACAACGGAUUCAAACCAAUGGAGUUACAGAAUACGAGUCAUUGUAAUCGAUCCAGCAAAGAUUGUUGCUAGCAGACACAAAAGAGAACAUGAAGUUGCAGCACAACAAAGAGUGUCUCUUGACUGUCCAGCAGAAGGAAAUCCCAAGCCGACUUAUACUUGGACUCCAUGUGAUCCACAGCAAAGUGUGUGUCAUGAGAGCACACUGAUUAUUCUUGAAGCUGUCAUGGAUACAAACUAUAGCUGUACAGUUGAAAAUUUGCUUGGCAGUGAUACAAUAAAUACCAGUCUGUCGACUUCAAUAACAUGGACAGCACCUCCUUCACCCUGGACUCAGACAGACCCAAAUGAUAUUAGAAGAGUUGACAUGUCAGUGGUAAAAGGAAGUACUCAGGUGGCUCUGAGGUGGAAUUACACUCUGUCUGCUGGCUCAAAUCUGCUACUAACCACAUUUUAUAUUAUUGAUGAUGGCAACAGUGAUGAUAUCGGAGCUUUAUCUCCUAAUAAUAUUGCUUCUGUGAAUGACAAAAAUGAUUACCGAACACGUUUUGACAUCAGUACAAGUGAAGUGGCCACCUUGAUAAUAAACAAAGUCACUGAAAGAGAAGAAGCAGUUUACCAAUGCAGGCUUACAGUGGUGGGAAAUGUGUGGGCAUAUGAGAUACGUGUCAUUGUUUUAGUUGAAAGCAGUAUACCCAGUGAUAGUGGCAAUCAGACCAUUAUUGAAGGAUCAAAUGUAACUUUAUUUUGUAACGCAAGUGGUAAACCUGGUCCCAACGUUACUUGGACCAUGGAAAAUGGUAAUGAUGGUGGAGAAGUGUCCUUUGAGAACCCUUGGGUUAUUAAGAAUGUCAGCAGAAAUGACAUAGGAACAUACCGCUGCACAGCUAAUAAUGGAGUUGGAAACCCAGUGAGCCGUAUACUUUAUGUCAAUGUCACUUUUCCAGCAAAGAUUGUUACUAGUAGACACAAAAGAGAUCUUGAAGUUGCAGCACAACAAAGAGUGUCUCUUGACUGUCCAGCAGAGGGAAAUCCCAAGCCGACUUAUACUUGGACUCCAUGUGAUCCACAGCAAAGUGCUUGUCAUGAGAGCACAUUGUUUAUUCCUGAAGUUCUUAAGGAUAUGAACUACAGCUGCAGAGUCGAAAAUUUUCUUGGCAGUGAUACAGCAAAUACCAGUCUGUGCCACAAUCAACCAUUGCGGCUAGCCACACCAUCCGCAGUAUUUUCUUUUGAACUUGAGUGUGUCGCUGUUUUUCUUCCAAGGUGUGGAAGUGUGAUCGUUGAUCUGGCCCUGAAGUUCAAUUCCACUGUAAGAGAAAGCGAGGUUCUUUCUAUACUUCGAGAUGCUAACAAGAAUGGAAGGUUUGAAGAUCUUCAUGUGAGUGCCAUAAAAGGAACACGAGGCACUGGGAUAACACCCACCAUUACCACAACACCUACCAGUUCAUCUGAUAGUACGACGUGGAUUAUUGUUGGUGUCGUUUUGGGGGUAGUUGCUGCGCUGGCUGUUGCUGGAGGUGUAGUCUGGUAUGUUCGCAAAAAAAGAAAGUGUAAAAAGAGGGACCCUAAGGAAGUCCACAACAAUGGAUCUCAAGGAGAAGCAGGGUAAGUGUUUUACGUUGGCCUUUGUACUAAAUAUGUUGUCUCCUAUAGAUAGUUAUAUACUAUUAACGUUAGUACAGUUGUCUUCUGUGCGCUCAAAUAAUAUUAUGACUUAAUAUUGCUCCAUUCGAGACUAUGUAUCCUAUGUUAAGGCGAAUCGUC